UGGAGACUCGAGUUCAUCAAGAUCGGGGCUCUAGAAACCAAUGUUUGACCAUUAUCCGCAUAUACACCGAGAGAAAAUGGACGGAUUCAAUCCUAGGAUCGAUCCCAGUCAUCAAAGGCAUACAUUACCAAAGGGACAAAUUGCCAGUCUGCGUUUAUCCAAUAGAUCGUAUAGCAUAGUCCAUAAAUGUCCGAUGUCAAGAGCAAAUAAUGUUCACUUUGUAGAAUGUGAACGGUCAAGCUGCGUCUGUCUUCCUAGGCCUCGCGGGACGCGUCCCUGAUUUUUUGAGGACAAUCAGUCAAGAGCAUUGCAAUUGUAUAUGCCGUCGACUUCACCAUUCUGGCUCCCGCUCCCGCCGGCGGUAGCAGUUGGCUUAUUACUGCGACCGCGAGGCUCCAAC